AAUGAUUUUUAUACACUUUGUAAAUAGAGAUUUGUAAACAAGUACAAAAUUUCUUUGGAAAUAUUGUUUAUUUGAUCGAUGAAUCACAAUCAUCUACAAUUGUUACGAGUAUUGUGAUUACGAUGUAGAAUAAUUGAACACCGACUUGAUGACUGAACGGCACUGUUUCUGAGUAUUCGUUAAUUUUAUUUAUUUGCAAACAUGAUUGUAAAGUGUAUCAGUGUAGUGACGUGUGCUGCGUGUUUUUUAUACACGUUUUAUAUUUUGUGUAAUUUGACAUAUUUUCUGUCGUAUCAUAAGGAAGUUCAAAAUAUAAAUAUUUCAUUGGAGAAAGAUGAACAUUUUGAUUCUGUAUUAUGGUUAUUAAUAAUAAAUACAUCUUUGGUAAGUACCUUUAUGGUACAACACUCAUUUAUGGCCAGUGACUUUAUGAAAAAUUUAUUUUGUAAAUUAAAUAUGGAUUAUAUGGAAAGAAGUAUAUACAAUGUUACCAGUGCAAUGACUUUACAUUUGCUACUUAAUCAAUGGCAAAUUAUUCCAUCAAUCGCAUUAUGGAAGUUCGAUACAUCUAGUAAUAUUGUAUGGUUCAUAUUCACUGCCUUUCAUGUCUUGGCUUGGUCAAUAAUUUAUAGCGGAUGUUUAAUGAUGGACAUAUCAGAAUUAACUGGGCUUAAACAAGUAUACUAUAAAUUUUCAUUUCUGCCAAGCCCUAUGAUAAUGAAGUCUAGAGAACUGUUACGUUAUUAUUCGCAUAUGAGGCACCCAAGUUUUACAGGGUUUCUCAUUGUCUUAUGGAUACAUCCUUAUAUGACAUUAGACAGAAUAUUGUUAGCUUCGAUACUCACAAUUUACAUGGCCCUGAUGUGGACCAUUGAUAAAGAGGAUUAUAAUUAUCAUGCUAGUCUUGUAAGACAAAAGCAAAGAGAAUUACUUUAA